AUGGCAGCUGGGAAUUUCACCAUGGCAACAUACUUCAUUCUACUCCUCUUCAUCACCACCACUCUCCCAAUCUCCACCCUCAAUGGAACCAAAACCUCGAAGCCGCAACUACUCGACAUCAACAACUUCCCCACCGGAGCCCUCCGCACCGACCCAGCCGCCACCGCCGCCGCCGCCACCGACUACGGCCACAUCGUCCACCGCCGCCCCGCCGCCGUCCUCCACCCUUCCUCGGUCGACGACAUCGUCAAGCUAGUAAAGCUCGCACACGACCACAACAACGUGAACAACAACAACAACACCUUCACGGUGGCGGCGAGGGGCCGGAGCCAUUCCGUCCGGGGGCAGGCCAUGGCGGCGGAGAACGGCGUCGUGGUAGACAUGAUGCGGCUGAGGACCGCCCGCUACAAUAACAACGUGAGGGUGGUCGUCGUGUCGCCACGUGGCGGGCGCCGCCGUCGUCGUCCGUAUGCUGACGUGGGAGGGGAGGCUUUGUGGAUCGACGUGCUGGACGCCACGUUGCGACACGGCGUCGCGCCGGCCUCGUGGACGGACUACUUGCACCUGACCGUCGGCGGGACGCUGUCCAACGCCGGGAUCGGCGGCCAGAGUUUCCGUCACGGCCCCCAGAUCAGCAACGUUCAUGAGAUGGACGUCGUCACCGGGCUGGGCCAGUUCGGCAUCAUUACCAGGGCUCGGAUCGCUUUACACCCAGCUCCUAAACGGGUGAAAUGGGUACGCUUGCUAUACAGCGACUUCGCCGCCUUCACAAAGGACCAGGAGCGUCUAAUCUCGGACGUCGAAGUGGACUACUUGGAAGGUUCGCUGAUGUUGCAUCGUGGGAGCCGUCCGUCCUCGUUCUUCCCGACCUCCGACGUCCCCAAAAUCACGUCCCUCGUCGCCCGGCACCGCCUCGUCUACUGUCUCGAGCUGGCCAUCAACUCUUAUGACGACGACAACGACCACCACGACCAGGAGCGAUUGCCGGAAGGGCUGAGGUACGUCCCGGGGUUCGCUUACAGCAAGGACGUGUCGUACGUGGAGUUCCUGGACAGAGUGCGAAGCGGGGAGUUGUCGCUUCAGUCCAGAGGGCUGUGGGAAGUUCCCCAUCCCUGGCUCAACCUCUUCGUGCCGAGAACGUCGGCGGUGCUACCGGAGGCGGCGGCGGAGGAGGAGGUUUUUUACACGGUGGGGUUCCUGCACUCGAGCGGGUUCGACGGUGGUGGGUGGGAGGAGUUGGAGGAGCAGAACAAAGAGAUAAUGGAGUUCUGUGAGAGGAGUGGGAUGGGAGUGAAGCAGUACCUUGCUCAUUACGCCACCACAGAAGAGUGGGCCAAGCAUUUUGGUUCCAAGUGGGAAAGGUUCCGACACAGGAAAUCCGCGUUCGAUCCCAUGAAGAUGCUCUCCCCGGGACAGAGAAUCUUCAAUUCAUAG